CUGUAUUGUAUUAUUGUUAGUAUCAGUAUUACUAUUCUCCUGCCUCUUGCCGCAGUCCCGAUCACCCUCCAGGAGUCGCAUUGCCUCAGGUCGUCGCGAACUGCUUCUCUCGUGGCCGUCAGCGAGGUAGGCCUAUCAGCCCUCUAUAGCCACGCCCCGCCCUUUACCGAAGCAGCAAGACCCCUAACUCGUCGGCUCCGAAGGCUUUCUCAGCUGCCCGUUAUAACAACAACAUACCCUGCGUCAAACAAUCCUCCCAUCUUACAUCCCACAUCCUCUACACCUUCACCUUCUUGCGACGGAGCAGCCUAUUCCCUUGGUCAGGGCCCCUUGAAUAUAACACUUCGCAAAGAUGUCCGCCGUCGCCGCAGCAAAGCCUCUCCCAGAGAAGAAGCCCGUCAAGUUCAGCAAUCUGCUGCUUGGGGCUGGUCUCAACCUGUUUGAGGUCACUUCUUUGGGUCAGCCGUUGGAGGUCACCAAGACCACAAUGGCCGCCAACAGAGGAGACUCCUUUGCUGGUGCUCUGGCUCGUAUUUGGAGCAGAGGUGGCAUCCUAGGCUUCUACCAAGGUCUGAUCCCCUGGGCCUGGAUUGAAGCAUCUACCAAGGGUGCCGUCCUCCUCUUCGUUGCCUCCGAAGCCGAAUACUACGCCCGCACCUUCGGAGCCAAUGACUUCACCGCUGGCAUCAGUGGAGGUGUCAUCGGAGGUGUUGCACAAGCAUACGCGACCAUGGGAUUCUGCACCUGCAUGAAGACUGUCGAGAUCACCAAGUCCAAGCUCGCAGCUGCAGGUGUCAAGCCCCCAGGAACCUUUGCCACCUUCAUGGAUAUCUACCGCAAGGAGGGUAUCCGAGGGAUUAACAAGGGGGUCAACGCUGUUGCAAUCAGGCAGAUGACCAACUGGGGAUCCAGGUUUGGUCUCAGUCGCUUGGCGGAGCAGGGGAUCCGGAAGGUGACUGGGAAGAAGGAGGGAUCGUUGAACGCGUGGGAGAAGAUCGUCGCAUCAGCAUUGGGUGGAGGUCUCAGCGCGUGGAACCAACCGAUUGAGGUCAUCCGUGUUGAGAUGCAGAGCAAGACAGUGGAUCCCAACCGCCCGGCUAAGAUGACAGUCGGGACUGCCAUGAAGUAUAUCUACUCACAGAAUGGCAUCAAGGGCUUGUACCGCGGGGUGGUGCCUCGUAUUGGGUUGGGCGUUUGGCAGACUAUUUGUAUGGUUGCUAUGGGUGAUAUGGCAAAGACCUACGUCGAGAAGUUGACGGGUGAGAAGGUCACGGCUAAGCAUUAA